AUGUACAAGCCUGCGCCACCCAGACCCAAAAAGACAAACAUCAUCCGCUCCCGCAAUGGCUGUCAGAGUUGCCGCAGCCGCAGAACCAAGUGUGAUGAGCGAAAGCCCACGUGCGGGACCUGCGCACGACUUGGAAAGAUCUGUGACUAUGCUAGACCAGCUUUCAAAUUUCAAAUCGCGACAGUCGACGACCCGAAGCCAUCACCAAAGCAGCUAGCAUCGGCAACAACAUCAAGUGUAUCGUCAGAAGAGACAAGCCCAAGACCGACUAGGGACCAGACAUUGGCUGUCCAAGCUGCAGAAGAUAUCCCCUCCAUCGGAAGCCAUAGCAUUAUCCAGUCUUUGCAAAUGACGGACCGCGAUAUCUUCUACACCACCUACUGGGAAGGCUCUUGCUUACCAGCUUUGCACCCAGUAUUCCAUUUUGCCACUUCAUUGGCCGCUGCCCAUCCCAUUCUCAACGACGCCCUUUUGGCCCUUUCCUCGUGCAAUAUCGGGCGCCUUCAUGCUGAGCGCAGAACACCCUCGGCCGGGACGAUGAGUUCAAUGAGUCCUAGUCUCAUCCACCAGACACGGAGUCAGCUAUACUACUCGUCCGCAAUCCAGAAGUUGGCCAUCAUGCAAUCACAAGACUACCAUCAAAACUCAGUCACAAUGCUAACUGUUCUUGUUCUGUUCGCUCAUCUGGAGCAAGCCAUGGGCAAUUUCCAGGGCUUUUACACUCACGUCCGGGGGAUGAUGAAUCUUCUUGAGUGGCAUGAAGGCGUCAAAGACGCAGCCACCAAGUCGCUGCUUGCUUCGUGGAUGCAAAUCCGCUAUGUUGUAUGGUGGGCUCGAGCCUAUUUCAGUUCAUUGGAAGUUUGUCAGCAUCUUCCAUCGAUACCUUUGCCGGCCUCCCUAUUAGACGUACCUCAGACACUACAUGAGCGACGUGUGAAAGUCCUUAGCAUCAUGUGUGAAUCACAUCGAUUAAACUUCAGUACCAUACUGCAGCAAUUUCAAAUUUUUCGGUCAGACGACGUUAGUGGUUCCGAUUUUGAUGAUCGCUAUGCAUAUUGCACUAGUCUAUUACACCAAGAAGCGGCGAAGCUCGAUGCGUGGGUGUUGCAACUUCCGCCAUCUGAGCAGCCAAUUUACGCGUUCAACGACAUAGACAGCACUACAAUCCGCUUCCAGUCCCACGAUGCCGCGCUGAACUAUGCAUACUACGUAGUUGCGCGAGCCAUGCAGUGCACGGGUGUUCUGCGACUCCUUUGUGAUCCCGAAAACGCCCAUCUCGGACGGGAGUGUAAUGAAGAGGAAUAUUGGGUUCAGACAUUAGUCCGGAUUGCACAGUGGAGCGAUAUGCAGACGUCCAUUACCAAGAAUAGCUACACUAUCGGGUUCUCGGGCUUACUCUUGGCGGGUAUUCUCCGGUGCCAGAGCCUAUCAGUCGGAUUGGAGAUCCAAAACUGGUUGCAGACGCUCAUCAAUCUGCAACCAACCGAAGAGGGGGCGUUUCCAAUAUAUCAGACCUUCAACGUGGUCAAGAUCAUCAAUCAACAGAGGGCAAUCGGCCGGGAUGUUUUUGCUGUCACUCAACCAGUGGAUGAUGGCGGUGGUACACCCAAGCUUACUGGGUACAACAGCCAGUCAAUUACAAGUCUCGUCUUUCAUGGGAGAGACCAUAACCUCGAUUGUCUUUUCCAAGAAUGCAUCUCCCUGGAUGUCUGA